CAGCCAAAUUUCCACCAACUGCACACUGAUCAUCGACGUGCGGCAUUACUCUCUGCAGUAAUUGACAGUCAUGUCUGCUGCGGCCACUCUCGAAUACGCCUCAAACGCCCCCCAACCGAUUGCCUACGCUAGAUUGUCUGCACACCAUCUGCUGCCUUCUGGUACGCCGGACUAUCUGAGGCUCAUCUUGACCUCCAAAGUCUACGAGAUCCUGAAGGAGACGCCGCUCGUAUUCUGCCCUAACUUGAGUGCGCGAUAUGGAAAUCAAAUAUAUCUCAAACGCGAAGAUCUCCAGGAGGUGUUCAGCUUCAAGAUCAGGGGCGCAUACAACUUCAUGGCGAGCUUGACAGAGGAGGAACGCUGGAAAGGUGUCGUCACUUGCAGUGCGGGGAACCAUGCACAGGGUGUCGCUCUCUCAGGUUCAAGACUGGGUAUCCCGUGCACUAUUGUCAUGCCCAAAGGCACACCAUCUAUCAAGGUGCGCAACGUGUCGCGCCUUGGCGCAAAAGUCGUACUGUACGGUCAAGACUUCGACGAAGCAAAAGCGGAAUGCGCCCGCCUAGCGGCUAGUCACGGGCUCAUCUUUGUCCCUCCGUAUGAUGACCCGCUAGUUGUAGCAGGUCAAGGGACCAUUGGCAUGGAGAUUCUCAAGCAAAUACCGGACGCUGAAAGUCUGGACGGUGUUUUCGCCGCUGUCGGUGGCGGUGGGCUCGUGGCUGGAAUCUGUGAAUACAUCAAAAGGAUAGGUGCCCCGAAAACAAAAGUUAUCGGGGCCGAGACCCACGAUGGAGACGCGAUGGAUCGCAGUCUCAAGAAAGGAGAGCGAGUUACGUUAGACGAAGUCGGACCGUUCAGCGAUGGAACGGCCGUGAAGAUCGUCGGCGCUGAGCCGUUCAGAAUCUGCAAAGAGUUGCUGGAUGGUGUGGUCAAGGUGGACAAUGACGAGCUCUGCGCGGCCAUCAAGGAUGUCUUCGAAGAGACACGUUCUAUUACAGAGCCCGCUGGGGCCUUAGCUCUGGCAGGACUAAAGAGAUACAUUACAGAUAAUCAGCUCAUUGGCGCACAGAAAAAGUUCGUGGCGGUGGUGAGCGGCGCAAACAUGAAUUUUGACCGCUUGCGAUUCGUUGCCGAGCGCGCAGAGCUUGGCGAAGGCCGAGAGGCUCUUCUCAGCGUCGAGAUACCAGAGAAGCCCGGGAGCUUCAUCAAGCUACACAGUGUGAUCCAUCCACGCGCCACGACUGAAUUCAUCUAUCGGUACAGCAACCCGCAGCGCGCUCAGAUAUUUUUAUCCUUCAAGCUUGAGACUAAGUCUCGCGCAAGCGAGGUUGCGGACGUUCUCGCCGCACUUGAGCGGCAAGAUAUGAAAGGCUUCGACAUUAGCGACGACGAAAUGGCCAAGACACAUGCCCGAUACAUGAUCGGUGGUUGUCAGAACGUGCCUAAUGAGCGGCUUUUCAGGUUCGAGUUCCCUGAAAGACCUGGAGCACUUCGAAAGUUCUUGCUCGGUCUUCAUUCUGGAUGGAACAUUUCGUUGUUCCACUAUCGGAACCAUGGUGCAGACCUUGGGAAGGUGCUUGCAGGAAUUCAAGUUCCACCCGAGGAGUCUCACGAGUUUGCUGCCUUUUUGAGUAACCUUGGGUAUCCUUACGUCGAGGAAACACAGAACGAGGUCUACAGACGGUAUUUGAGGGUUUGAGGGCAGUUGGCACUUCUCGUCAUGGUCUCGAUCGAGUAGAAUCGGCGGCACUACUCAAACAGAGGUCCUGAGGGUCGUUACUGGUUUGGGAGGCAAUAGAUCUAAUGUAGUUGUGUAUUCCUGGCUUCUUCGGGAACUGGGCUAUGUAACAUAGCAUGAAUGCGUACAGAAGGAGUUAUAUGAGACGAGAAAACUCGCUUCCCGCCGGGUGUUUCAUCGCAUUCCGCUGGCGAGAAUGCAUGAACAGCGGUGCAUAUGGUUCAAGUGCAGUGGCAAAUGGAAGCGACACAUCUGAUUCUGAUGCGUCAAAGCGUAUCAUGCAACUAGACUCUGGCUACAUGUCACGGAUUGUCGA